GUGUGAGCAUUCUACCAAACCAAAACUAAAAUGACUGAAACCGAAGUUGCUGCCGCGGCCCCAGCUGCCUCUCCUGCCAAGGCCACCAAGAAGCCAAAGGCCCCCAAGGGAGAUAAGAAGCCCAAGAAGCCAUCCACCCACCCGCCAGUCAACGACAUGGUUGUUGCCGCCAUCAAGACCCUGAAGGAACGCAAGGGUUCGUCGCUGCAGGCCAUCAAGAAGUACAUCGCUGCCAACUACAAGUGUGAUGUGGCCAAGUUGUCGCCCUUCAUCAAAAAGGCCCUGAAGAGCGGUGUCGAGAAGGGUAAGUUCACCCAACCCAAGGGCACCGGUGCUUCCGGAUCGUUCAAGAUCAAGGCUGAGGAUAAGAAGCCAGCUGGCGAGAAGAAGAAGAAGGUCGCCGCCAAGAAGCCAAAGAAGGCCGCUGGCGAGAAGAAGACCGUGGCCAAGAAGCCAAAGGCCGCUGGCGCCAAGAAACCGAAAGCCGCUGCCGCUAAGAAGCCAAAGGCCGCCGCUGAGAAGAAGGCCAAGGCUGCCACGGCCAAGACAGCCAAGAAAGCCGGCACCGUGAAGAAGGCUGCUGCCCCCAAGAAGGCUGCUCCCAAGCCAAAGGCCGCUGCCAAGAAGCCAAAGACCCCCAAGAAGCCUGUUGCCAAGAAGGCUGCCGCCAAGAAGUAAAUUGUAUCUGAUUUGACGAAUUUAACUUAUCCCACGGAAUCAGUCCUUUCCAGGACUACCAGUCAUAUUAUCCAAGAGUUUUUUAAAUGAAAUUUUCCGUUAAUACGAUUCAUUUAUCAGUACAUGUUAAAUUCGAUAGCGUUGUGCUAACGUUUUGACAGGUUGGCUUAAAAGACUUUAUAAUGCUGUCAUUUUAAUGUUUAAGGAUCAAUUGGAUAUUGUGCGUAUACCAUUUGGUUUGUAUAGAUCAUCUAGUAAUUUUCAAACGCUCAUGAUAACGUUACCUAAUUUAUCGUCCAUAUCGGUGAAAAGUGAUGGUUUUUUUUAGUAAGAACAUCUUAAGAUUAUGAAAUUUUUAUAGAAAGUUAUUGAAAUGAAAGAUGGUGAAAAUGAGCGGGUAGAAUUUAUUUAGAAGCAUUAUCAUCGCAUAUAAAAUUUUUGUUCGGCACGGGCCAACUACUAUGAAGCGGUAGAUACAGAUAGAGUUGCAUCUACCACUACAAAUUAGUAGGGCAUGCGUGUUUCACCCCACAAGCGGUAACUUGCAGUGCAAACGACCAACAAAAUAUGGUAUGUGAUUGCUCAGAUAAGCUCCCGUCAACUCAGGACACAUCUAUUGUUGUGUAGCCUUCUUAGUUUGUUACCAUCGCGUUCGUUACAACCGGUGUUUGGUUCACCAAUAAAGCCGAUAAAUUAAGUAUCAAACAUAAAUCACGGUGAUUAAUCUCUUCACCAAGCUAGCGAUAACUUUAUAAAUUCCUUUAUUUAGCUUUUGAGGUGAUUUUCUAUGAAACAUAACUUUAAAAAUUGGCUUUUGGAUUGAAAAAUGUGCCAGAUAGUUUUCAAAGUACGAUAUCCUCAAUAGUCUUUUCAGCGUAAAGCAAAUCGAUGCUGUUGAACAUAUACUAAAAUAAGAACGAUACCCUGUUUAUUCGCUUAACUACUCUUACAGUUUUGCAUUGAACUAUAAUAAAACUCAAGUUUAUCUCCUCCAAAA